CUAAGCCCUUAUUUUCGGGACUUUACUCUCUAACCCAUUAGCUUGACCCACAAUAGUCGAACUACGUACUACUUGGCCGCUGCUUAUUUCGAGAGAGAGAGAAGCGAAGUCAGUGAGAAAUGCCGGCGCCGGACCGUCAGAGAGACGGCUGCGAUGAGGAUGCCGCCGCACUAUUUGACGAAGAAGGUAUGGAUUUGGCCGAGGAAGACGAUAUCGAGCAAUCAGACAUUCCUCUGCGCCUCCGUCCGCUCGUCUCCGCCGCCGAGUCCGGCGAUCUGAACGCCCUCCGCUUAGCCCUAGAGAAUUUUGACGGCAACAUUGAUGAACCAAUGGAAGAUGGCGACACUCUUCUUCAUCUGACAUGUCUUUAUGGCCAUUUGAACUGUGUUCAGUUUUUGUUGGAAAGGGGAGCUAAUUUGGAGGUAAAGGAUGAAGAUGGAGCGAUUCCUCUGCACGAUGCCUGUGCUGGAGGUUACACAGAAAUAGCCCAACUUCUCAUUAACCUUGCUAAUGACCCACAACGCGUGAAGAGGAUGCUAGAUACUGUUGACGUAGAAGGGGACACGCCUCUUCACCAUGCUGCUAGAGGCGAAUAUAGCGAUGCCAUUAAACUGUUGCUUGCUCACGGGGCUUCUCCUACUAAGACAAAUAUCUAUGGGAAGACUCCGACCGAAUUUGCUGAUAUCGGGACUGAAGCUAGGAAGAUAUUAGAGGAAGCUGUGGGUGCUAUACAAGGAAAUUAAAAGCUUUCCUUUACGAAAAGGUUUUAUACUUUCAACUUGGGGCAUUACUUUAUAUGAUCUUUGCCGGCCUUUCUUUUCCAGUAGGUUAGGUUAACCUUUAAUAAGAAAGACGUUAAUUGCAAACCAAGGCAUAUUUUUUUUUUUUUUGCAAACAAACCAAGGCAAGUUGAUCAUGGAUCAUUUGAUUUUUACAUAUAUAAUUGCGAUAUUAAUCGUGGGGGGAGCUCAUUUGAUUUAUACAUAUAUUGUUUAGAAAUUAGGUGCCUUGGCUGUUUGACUGGCAUUCUUGUUCUUCGGUGGUCGUUUUAAGAUCAUUUGAGCACGCUGUUAAGUGAAAACAGUCGUACUCAAGGGAAAAUGCGAGGGACACAAUUGAUGUGCUUCCAUGGAAUGGGAAUAUUUUCCAUAAACCCGUUUUUUGAGGGUAGUGGUCUUAUAG